UUCUCAAAAGGACGCAUGUCAAUCAGUAAUAAACAAAGCAAGAGCGAAGAUAAUUUCAAUUUGUCACUUAUAAUUGCAAUGACUAAUGAACAAAAGGAAAGAAGUGAUAGAUUGUUGACCUUCCACGCUCUAAGCAAAUCAAUUUUUUUUUUUUUUUUCAUUUAGAAAAUGAAUUGCUUAAUCAAAACAUUUUCUCUCACAUUCAUGCGUUUCAUAAGUAUCCAAAUCCAUCCUCCGCCACCCAACACAAAUCCUUCCAGGUCCUACGGUCCUUUCCUCACGCCCACACUAUAAGCCGCCAUUCCACUGUUUUUCAAUCCAAUUUCUCGCGCCUUCUCUCAUCCCCACCGAAUUAGCUUCGACCAGGAGACGAGGAAGAAGAAAUGGCGUCGGAGAAUCAGGAUAAGGAGAGAGAUCACCGCCCGUCGGCGGCGGAGUACUUCCUCGAUGAAGAUGACGAGGGAGAUUUGAGCAGAGCGGAAGCCGGCGACGACAGAAGCGGCGUCGGAACCGACACCAACUCCAGCUCCAGCAGUAGCAGCAGCUCCGACGAGGAGGAGAAGAAUGCCGACGACGACUGCGAAGGUGGCGAGACUUUCACGUCUCGGCAGUGGCCGCAGAGUUACCAAGAAACGAUGAAUUCAUACUCGAUUGCAAUGUCGCCGAGCCUUGGAUUUAUGGCUCCUGUGCAGCAGCUGGCGCCUUACUUAGGUCUUGAAAGCUUCAUAAGUAACGCGGACCAGGAAUCAAAGGCUCCCUUGAUUCCUGAGCGAGAGGGGAGCUACAGGAGGGUAGAAUCGGAUAGGUUCUCGAUAGCGCAAUCGUCUUUCUCGAAGGCUUCGUUCGCGAAUACGGAGUUGCCGAUUCCUCAUGGGUGUAGCGUCACUCAGACUGUCUUCAACUCGGUGAAUGUAAUGGUGGGAAUCGGGCUACUCUCGACGCCUUACACUAUUAGGGAAGGAGGGUGGUUCAGUUUGUUUAUAGUGGCCUUUUUCGGGUGCGUCUGUUGUUACACUGCUUAUCUGAUGAAGCAAUGCUUUGAGAGCCGAGAUGGCAUAACAUCAUAUCCGGACAUGGGAGAAGCUGCAUUCGGGAAGUAUGGGCGCCUAGCAAUAUCUAUCGUUUUGUACACCGAGUUGUAUUCUUAUUGUGUGGAAUUUAUUACCUUGGAAGGGGAUAACCUCACCAGGCUAUUUCCUGGGGCAUCCUUUGAUUUGGCUGGGAUACAUCUUGAUUCCUCGCAUCUCUUUGGGAUACUGACUGCUUUCAUUGUGCUACCAACUGUUUGGUUAAGGGACCUCCGUAUCAUCUCCUUUCUUUCAGCUGGUGGAGUUUUAGCUACAAUUUUGAUUGUUCUUUCCCUGCUUUUCCUGGGUACCACGGAAGGAGUUGGGUUCCAUCAGAGUGGUCCGCUCGUGAAAUGGAACGGAGUUCCAUUUGUUAUUGGUGUAUAUGGAUUCUGUUAUUCAGGACACUCGGUUUUCCCCAAUAUAUACCAGUCAAUGGCCAAUAAAGCAGAAUUUACAAAGGCUGCAAUAGCAUGCUUUUUCUUGUGCUUUCUCUUGUAUGGAGGAGUUGCAAUAAUGGGAUUUCUCAUGUUUGGCGGAGCUACGCUGUCUCAAGUGACAUUGAACAUGCCUCAGGACACCAUUACAUCAAAAGUUGCAAUCUGGACUGUUGUGAUAAACCCGCUGACAAAAUAUGCAUUGUUGAUGAACCCGUUGGCUCGAAGCAUAGAGGAGCUUUUGCCAGUUAACAUCGCCACUAGCUAUUGGUGCUUUCUUCUUCUAAGAACAGUACUUGUUUUCUCUACUGUUGUUGCUGCAUUUCUUCUCCCAUUUUUUGGUAAGUCCUGGAAGUUGACUUUAAGCCUUACUGUUACUUAGUUUUAUUAUUGAGAAUCUUUGGGAAGUUGUUUAGGCCUGGCUUCGGCUUUGUGCAUCAUUUGUAGAAACUAGUAAGAUGGUGACGUUAAUUCUCAGUUAUUAACUAGUGAGGGCUAUAUGAUGGGCACUGCACAUUAAAACCAAUUUCUGUUUGUGAUCAUAUUAGACUUGUGUAAUGUUUAUCCUUUCUUUUCCUUUCAACCCUCACAACAUUUUAAUAUACAUGAAUACAACUUAUUUAGUUGAUGGAGUAAAAGAAUCGACUUUCUGGCCAAUUUGUGGAAUCUUUAUGUGAACUUGUGAGUUUUGACUUUAGACAUCAGACAAAAUCCAAUUUGUUCCUUCGGCUUUGAUAGUAUUAAUCCCGGAUUUAAUCUCGUUGAUCAUUGACCAUAACCGGAGAACUGGUUGCAUAGCAUUCUUAAUUUAUUGUCAUGAGCAUCUUCUGUUUGUUAACUACUGAGCUGCUGCACGCUAUUUUUAUUAAAACUGCUGCGGACUAUUAAAGGGUGCUAAAACUCAAACGGUUCUGCUCAUUGCAGGUCUUGUGAUGGCUUUGAUGGGUUCAGUCCUUUGUUUACUUAUGGUGAGUACCUCAAAUGCUCUUCCAAUCGUACCUUCCUAGCUUGGCUGAAAGUCAUUUAUGAGAAUGAAGCUAUUAGUUCUUCUAUCAAUUCCCUCCAUGAUCUAGUCAUGGUCCAUAAGGAUGUAUUGUUUUCGCCAUACAGAACCUUUUGGCAGCAUUUCAGCACAAUUUACCUUAUCUUCUGCUUCAUAGAUUCCCGAUAUCUAAGUCCAGAUCGCAACCUAUCAGAAUGUCUUGUUAUACGAUUUUAAUCCGUCUUAGUGGGAUUCCUUUAUGGGAUAGAAGUCUGUUCUUUGAUCUGGCAUAUUUGUACAUGUGGUGACUAAGUUAUGUCUCCUCUGUGCAUCUUUCUGAAUCAGGCUGUCAUAAUGCCGUCUCUAUGCUUCUUGAGGAUCAUGGGGAGGAAAGCUACGAGAACACAGGUAAAUUGCUCAAGAAAAACACGCUCUCAUACUUCCCAGACCUUGAAUGUGGUGCACAAUCUAGUAACCUUCCUUGUGCUCAUAGUUGAUGGAUACUUCGUGUUCCUUUGUAAACCAGAUUGUUCUCAGCUCCACGAUUGCUGUGGUGGGCGUUGUUUGCGCGAUCGUCGGAACCUACUCUUCGGUGGCGAAGAUUGUGAAGAACCUCUGAAAUCGUAUCUAUAGCCUGUUGGGCCUCUUACCAUAGGUUUCAAAUCGUAUAUGUACGUCCUUUUGUAAUAGCUUUCUUUGGUAGCUUGUACUGUCUGUGACUUUCGGUGCAAGUUUAGUAGGGGUCAUCAUCUUGUUCUUACGAAACAGAGUUUUGCUGUACAAAGUAAUAAUAGUUAUUCAUGGCCUUCGUUUGAUCUUGAAGUUUUUUUUUUUUUUUGGCUCCAACGCGAAACCUUCGUCACUUUGAUGGUUGUCACAAAUUGCUCCAUGUUCGUCGUCGGUCGUCACCUUAUCUAAUAAGGAGAUAGCAUCUAUCCACUUGGACUUACAAGUAUGAUAAUAUUUCGUAUUAUUCGUGUCUCGGUGACACAAUUAAAUCGUAGCAUAAAAG